AUGGACCCCAAAGAAAUUAUCGAGAUUUUCGACGAUGAAGAAGACGACGAGCCGACACAGGCACCCAAUGGCUACCCCGACAUCGACCGACGCGAACUCUUGACACCCAUCAUCACCCGCGUCGUCGACGCCCUUGGUGGGUACGAAGGCAACGAAUACAAGCUUGGUGACGAGUCGUAUGGCUGCUUGAAGGAUCUGAAACGACUUUGGCGCAAGGACGACACCGACGACGACCGUACCGUUGCCCGUAUCUUCUACGAGACCAGGGUCCUACCAAAUGACCUUAUCCCCAUCCUCCUCACCACAGCUGGUCAGGGCCUUGUAGAAGACAAGCGUGCCAUCGCAUGUGCCGACUUGAUGACGGCCAUGACCUGGCCUAUCGAUGUUGCAGAAGAACUGAAGGAACUCGACGACGAAAUCGACGAAAAGGCCGACUAUACCCAACUUAUAGAGAGUCAUUUGACUUACAAGGCAGCUUUGCUCAAAACAGGCGUCAUGAAGGCGCUUUUCGGUAUUAUUUUACCUCCUCUGGCGAAGAAACGAAGCGAGCGACAGGAAAGGGACGGGCAAAUUAUCAACGUCGUCCUCCAUCUCAUCCGCAACCUCGCAUUCAUCAAAGAUCUCCCCCCAGACUCGACCAGCAGUGCCGACAACGUCGAAAUGUCGUCUCUUCAGUCAAAGCUUAUUCGUAUCCUGGAGGAAACUCACAUCCUACGGCUACUCCUUACGAUUGCUGCCAACCACGACGAGGACCCGUUGUUCAAUAGCUGGAAUACCCUUGUGCUCGAAAUCUUCUACCUUUUGUUCCGUGGCAUCAAGCCUGUUGACCUCGCUGCGGACCAGGCAAAACGAUCUGCAGUGAAUCUGAAACAGCUUUUGGCGGUCGAGGAACGUAACCGACGCGAGGUCGCCCGUAAAGCCUCGUCAAGACAUUCAAGGUUCGGCACAACGAUUACGGUAUCGCUAAAAAAGCCUCCCGCCGCCGAUAACGAGACUGUGACGCGUCCCAUCGUGCUUCAUCGCCAGCAGGCCAUUCACGGAGAGGCCGGUAGUAUUCUCGACAUCCGAAAGAAAGGGAAGGCGAAGAAAGGCAAUACAAUCGAUGAAUUGACGAGGGAAGACAACCUAUCGAUCGAAGCCAGGGUAACAUUGAAGCAGCUGGCCACUGAUUUCCUCGAGGGCUGCUUCAAUCCCUUCCUCGCGGGGUUGCUGAAGGAUAUUCGAGCUGAACGGGCAAAAGUUACGGAGAAGGAUAAUCUCCGCCUACUCUACGUGACAAAAUGGUUUCUCGAGUUCUUCCUCGCAAUGCGGGCGAAGGCACAUGGACAAGGUAACCCAGACCAGUGGAGCUUUGGCCUUAUCGCAGAGGUGGUGGAACGCGUUUGGAUCGUGUGGGUGUUAAAGCGAAUGAGGGAGUCAAUGGAAGAGAAGCCUAAACUCUGGACCGAGCUCCAAGCGGGAAUCGAGUGUUUAACUCAACUAUUCCUCCUCAUCGACGCCAUGUCGUCGGCUGACAUUCAAGAUCCCACCUUGAGCGAGGCCGCGGAACUGCUUCUCCAGCAGCUCAUUUACAACGGCGAGGUCCUCGACAUCUCCCUCAACAGUCUUCAAUUCUACAAAGAAGGAACCCAAUCACUGACGUAUUUGGACUCGAGUGUCCACCUGGCCUACUCUUUGCUCCGGAUGUUGGAGAGAUGGACCAAAAAGUCGGGAGACGGGACGUAUGUCCGGAAGAAGAUGGCCAAGCGCAAAAAGCGUCGCCCCAGAGGGCGCAGUCCUGAGACCGAGGAGGCCGGAAUGGCAGCAGGUGAAGCGGAUGAUGAUGAAGGAGAUGAUGAAGAUGUGGUGCAUGAAGUCCUUUUCUCCUUUGAAGCAUUCGAAAUGAAAUUCGCAAAUGCCGAUAUUACGAAUACGCUGUUAACCUACCUGGCCCGGUACAAAGAGUUCAGCUCGCCGGAGAAGAUGAAACGGGUGGUCAGCCUGAUGCAUCGACAGGCCGUCAAAGCCAAGGCGGAGGGGCUGUUCUUCAAGGCCUUCUUCCCGAAGAACCGCGGUAACUGGAAGCAGUACUCGAGCUGGGAGCCAGAGAAGAAGAAGGCGAGGGAGGGUGGUGUAGGUGGUAGGAAUGCGGCUGGCAAGAACGCUUCGACGGAGGUGGAAGUGAAGAAGGGAUACAGUCUCACUGACCAGAUUGGCAUUGCCAUUGCCGCGCUGGUAGAUAGCGAUCGCAGGGACUUGGUUGUGUGGACCCAAGAUAUCCUGCGAAUGGCGGUUAACAAACGCAAGCGGAUCAUUGACGAAACCGAUGACAAGUCGGACAACGAAGAUGAAGAUAUCGUUGAAAACGACGCUGCCGACGCUGCAAAGGACAAGUCGAAGAGAUAUGAAAACCCCUCUGAGGAGGCGCGUCAAAAGAUCCAGGAUGAAGUCAUACCAUACGUAACCGAAGAUCGUGCUGAGGCCGCUAGCAAGAACGCGUAUCUCAAGCUGCUCUUCCGCCUUGUCAAGUUCAUGACACGCGAACGGGAUGAAGAUGACGAAGAAGGGGAACUGGAGUGGUACAUCCCAGCAUCGCUUACCCCCGUCCACCUCGAACGCUUCCGCACCAUUAUCAACCAAUUCCUCGAAACACCGUUCGAUCCCUCCGGAAAAAAGCUAUCCGAACUCCUCCGCAAGAAACGUCGUUCGCGUCGGCGUCGUACUCCUUCACCAUCACCCUCAGGCUCCGACAUCGACGAGGACGGUGAACGGCGCAAGAAGAAGAGACAGAGGAAGGAGAAGGAGAAGCAGGUCUACAAGAGUGCGCAGUUCAUUGAGGACAGUGACGAAGAGUACGGAGAUAUGGAGGCGUUCCUGGCGAGGGAGAAGGCGUUGAGAGAGAAGAUGGGAUUGAUUGCGGAGAGGGCCGAGGCGGAAGCUGCUGCGAACGGCGGCGGUAGCACGGGUGUUCAGGGACAGAGGCCCGUGGGUAUGCGCGCUACGGGUACCAAGAAGAGGCGGAAGAGGAAGACGAAAGACUCCGAUACGGAGAGAGAUGCGAAUAGUCGCGGAGAUGUCGAGAUGGACAAAGAGCCCUCGGACAAAGACGAUGAAGUGGAAGAAGUCUCGCAGCCCAAACCCAAGCCACGUCCACGUCCACGUCCUCGGAAAUCUCAGCCUACACCCAGCGCAUCUGGAGAUUCGCCGAGGGCGUCAUCGCCUUCAAUACCACCACGAGACGCAUCACCCGUUCCUUCGACAGCGCGCCAAGGUGCAUCGCCAUCGCCAUCGUUAUCGAAGAAGUCCCAGGAUGGAGAUGAUGAAAAUGACGAAGAAGAUGGACCUGUGGUCAAGCGCCGUGCUAAACGGCUGUUUUUGUCUGAUAGUGAGGAUGACGAGUAG